GUGCCUUCCCGACGAAACGACAGGGACCGACAAAAACCUCUGCCCCAAAAUUACCCCCCGUCUGUCCUCGCAGUCUUCGCAUUUCUGCGAACCCAUCAUUCUCACUCCGGCUCAGGCUCUUCACGUCGCAAACCUCGUCGCCCUUUUUUUUGCCUUUUCCCUUGAUCAGACAAUUCCCGGCGAGAACUUGAGUCGACAACAUACAACACAACAUGGCCACUCCCACAGAUGGCUCCCAGCCGACCGGCACCCUGUCUGCUAAUGACAACAUCCGCCGAUUUGCUGCUCCCAGCAGGCCGCUGAGCCCUCUUCCCGCCCACGCACUUUUCAACGAGAAGACAAGAUGCUUUGUCUACGGUCUGCAGCCCCGUGCUGUGCAGGGCAUGCUCGACUUCGAUUUCAUCUGCAAGCGGUCCACGCCGUCGGUUGCCGGCAUCAUCUACACAUUUGGCGGUCAGUUCGUCAGCAAGAUGUACUGGGGCACCAGCGAGACGCUGCUCCCCGUGUACCAGCAGGUUGACAAGGCCAUGGCCAAGCACCCGGACGUUGAUGUCGUCGUCAACUUUGCCUCGUCCCGCAGUGUAUACAGCUCCACCAUGGAGCUCAUGGAGUACCCGCAAAUCAAGACGAUUGCCAUCAUUGCCGAGGGUGUUCCCGAGCGCCGUGCUCGUGAGAUCGCACACAUUGCGCAGAAGAAGGGAGUCACAAUCAUCGGCCCCGCCACGGUCGGUGGUAUCAAGCCCGGCAGCUUCAAGAUUGGCAACACUGGUGGCAUGAUGGAUAACAUUGUUGCUUCCAAGCUCUACCGCAAGGGCUCUGUUGGCUACGUCUCCAAGUCUGGCGGCAUGUCCAACGAGCUGAACAACAUCAUCUCGCAGACGACGGACGGCGUCUACGAGGGUGUGGCGAUCGGUGGUGACCGGUACCCCGGCACGACCUUCAUCGACCAUCUGCUGCGAUACCAGGCGGACCCUGAGUGCAAGAUCCUCCUUCUUCUCGGAGAGGUCGGCGGUGUUGAGGAAUACAAGGUCAUCGAUGCCGUGAAGCAAGGCCUUAUUACCAAGCCGAUCGUGGCGUGGGCCAUUGGUACUUGCGCGAGCAUGUUCAAGACCGAGGUUCAGUUCGGCCAUGCCGGCUCCUUCGCCAACUCGCAGCUCGAGACGGCUGCCAUGAAGAACCAAAAGAUGCGGGAAGCGGGCUUCCAUGUUCCCGACACAUUUGAGGACCUGCCGGCUCUCCUCAAGUCUCUCUACGAGAAGCUCGUCAAGGAGGGCACCAUCAAACCCCGACCGGAGCCAGUCGUGCCCAAGAUUCCCAUCGACUACUCGUGGGCCCAAGAGCUCGGCCUCAUCCGCAAGCCGGCCGCUUUCAUCUCGACGAUUUCAGACGACCGUGGCCAGGAGCUUCUCUAUGCCGGCAUGCCCAUCUCGGACGUGUUCAAGGAGGACAUCGGCAUCGGUGGUGUCAUGUCUCUGCUGUGGUUCCGCCGCCGUUUGCCCGACUAUGCCACCAAGUUCCUCGAGAUGGUGCUUAUGCUUACUGCCGACCACGGCCCGGCCGUGUCUGGUGCCAUGAACACGAUCAUCACGACUCGUGCUGGCAAGGAUCUUAUCUCGGCGUUGGUGAGCGGUCUGCUUACCAUUGGUUCGCGGUUCGGUGGCGCGCUGGACGGCGCUGCUGAGGAGUUCACCAAGGCUUUUGAUAGGGGCCUUAGCCCGCGUGAGUUCGUUGACACAAUGCGCAAGCAGAACAAGCUCAUUCCGGGUAUUGGGCACCGCGUCAAGUCGCGGAACAACCCAGAUCUCCGCGUGGAGCUAGUCAAGGAGUACGUCAAAGCCAAGUUCCCGAGCCAUAAGAUGCUCGACUACGCGCUGGCCGUCGAGACGGUGACGACGUCGAAGAAGGACAACCUUAUCCUGAACGUGGACGGUUGCGUUGCCGUCUGCUUCGUCGACCUCCUGCGCAACUGUGGUGCCUUCAGCACGGAAGAAGCCGAGGACUACCUGAGCAUGGGCGUGCUCAACGGACUCUUCGUGCUGGGCCGCAGCAUUGGUCUGAUUGCUCAUUACCUCGACCAGAAGCGGCUGCGCACCGGCCUGUAUCGCCACCCGUGGGAUGAUAUUACGUACAUCCUGCCGAGCUUGCAAUCGGGCAAGCCGGGUAGCGAGGGACGUGUGGAGGUCCAGAUGCAAAAGUAGGCUCGUUCUUAGGCAAGUUAGACGUACGUUUUCCCACGACAUAUUUGGGACAGGCCCCGCAACAUGGGAUUUGUCAUGUUUUCCUCUCGCGGAGUCACUGA